GUGUCGCUGUUGAAUAUGUAUCGUAUCUAUCAAUCAUAACGAUUAUUUUCCUCUUUGGAAUGGCAUAAAAGAAGAGGGAAAUAAUAGGAGAAGCACUUUGAUCUGAGACAGCAAAGAAGAAGGAAUAGAAGACUCUUACCACAGGAAACCCAACCAAGAAAGACUGAAUCAUGAAGACUCUGAUGCUCUUGGCAGCCCUUUGCCUUGUUCUCUGUGUUGUACUGCCUCAAACCGACGGGGCCUGCUACCUUAUACGCUAUACGAGAUGCUACUUGGUUCAAUCCAAUGGACGGUGGUAUCGCAUCUGCGUAGUGCAAUACCGAUAUGUGUGCGUUCGCAAGAGAGACCAGAUCGAGGAUGACCAGGGAAGAACUGAAAGUAAAAGAAAAGGACCAGAAAAGGCUAUCCUUGAAAAGUUCCCGCACAAGUGCUCUACCUAUGACAAGAACGGUGACGGAAGCAUCACCUUCGAUGAGUUCCAAAAAACCCUCUCUGAUGUGCACGACACCAAGACGCUUCAAAAACUCUUCAAAGAAACUGACGAAAAUGGAGACGGCGUCAUCACUUGUAAAGAUGAGUUCUUGCAGGCAAAAUUCGACUUCUCUAAGAAGCCAGUUAAUCAAUAAAACCGCUGACCAGAGCCUURAAAUAAGAAUGACGUCCAUUAUCUAAGCAGUAAUAAUAAUUGUAAAACCGGCCAAGAAGAUUAAAAUAAAACACUCUAAUUAAAAGAA